GAUUGGCUGUCAGAUUAAAAAGUUCAGUACAGCUGUUUUGUGUUCUUGUUCAGUUUUGGCGGGUAUAUUUUGUGCAAAUUUUCGGAAUUGUUAAUAACAAUAAUUACGUUUCUCUAAGAUCUGGUGAAGAAAUAGUUAUUUGUCAUGGGUGAAGCGGAUGAGUUGUUGAUUCGUAACGUAAAAUCAAUGCUAACUGCCAAAUAUUAUAAAAUGAAUGAUACAUUUUUGAGGGAUUGUAUAAAUUAUUUUAUUAGUGAACACGAUUCUCAAAAUAUUAAUGAAAUUCAAGAUUUUGUGAUCGCACAAUGGCAACUGAAUGAUUUGAGAGAAAUAAAUACUGAAAAUGGAAUUUUUCCAUCGAAUCUUGUUCGCCAAGAGAUUACAACAUUAACAGGAACAUAUAACGUGCAGAUGGACAAAAUGUAUGAUAUAUCAGUUUCUAAAUUAAAACAAAUACAUGAGAUACGGAAUGUCUCAAAUUUUAAUCUCGAAGUCACCGAAGCACAGAAUAAUGAAUCACGUGACUGGAAUCCAAAACCAAAGAGAAUGUAUCAAUUCUUCCUUACUGAUGGUAUUCAGGAUGUUAUUGCUAUUGAAUAUAAACCAUUGCGUCAGUUUAAGGAUGUCUUAUUACCUGGUAUUAAGUUAAUGAUAAUCGGACCAGUUGUCUGUAGAAAGGGUGUAAUACUGCUGGAAGAAAAAAAUAUCAAGGAGAUCGGUGGUGAAAUAGAAAAUUUAUUAAUACCAAAUGCAUUAGAGAACGUCCUAGCUAGAUCCCUGAAUUUACCAGAAAAUCCUAACCCGUAUAAAGAAAAUGAAACACCACCUGAUAAUUUAGAAAGUGCUUUCGAAGAUGAAUUCAACGUUGACGACAUAAUAAAUAUUGAGAAUGAAAAUACAGUGAAUAAUUAUUCUGCUUCAACAACUAAUGCUCAUACUGACACAAGUACUAGUAAUGAAUUCAAUGAUCAAAACAAAGACAAAAAUAAUUGCCAAGUUACUCUAUUAACGAACAAAAAUACAUAUAGAAAUAACUCUAAUGAUAAACCCCAGAUGCAGAAUACAAAAAUACAGAAUGCUGAUGAAUUUCCUGAUGAUUUGGAUGAAUACUUUGAACUAGCUGAUAAUUUUGAUAUUGAUGUCACUGAGUCUGAUAUGUUACGCAAUACUGGUGAAAAAAGUGCAAUCGAACCGCGUCCAAGUACGUCAACAAAAGCAGUAGAUUUGUUGAUAACGAGUGAUGAAACUAAAUCAAUGAAGGUAGAAGACAACAAAUAUCUUGUCGAUGACAUCAUACAGUUUUCUGAUGAUGACUUUGAAUUGUGUGAUAAUGUAGAGAUAAAACAAAUAAAUGAUAUCGAACGUAAAAUCGAAAACAAGAAAGAACCAAGUAUAGGUGUAGAGUUUUUUGAUGAUGACUUUGAAUGGUGUGAUAAUGUAGUGAUGCAACAAAUAAAUGAUAUCGAACGUGAAAUCGAAAACAAGGAAGAAACAGGUAUUCUUAAAAAACAGAACACAGGAAUACAAGAAACAAGUACGAAUGUUUCUGAAUUAUCACAGCUGAGUCUCAAUAAUACAAAAACAGAUUCAGCAUCAUCAAAGCCUACAACAAGUUCUGGUUCUUCGAAUCCAAUUAUAUCUACAGUGACCAAAAACAAGAGACCAGCGUCGAUGGUGUCCCCAACUAUGGCAAGUCCGCCAAAAGUCAAAUGUGUCCAAGAAACACCCAAAUUGAGUAAAAUCGAUAAGAAGAUAACCAAUUUUACUGUAAAACUCAAACUGGAUUCAGAGGAAGCCCCGAAAACUCACAUUUCCAUCGGUGACGUCUUAAUGUUACCAGUUUCUGAUUGUUCAGUACGACAUAUUAUUAAAGCAAAAGUCGCGAGUUUUGAUACGCUUGGAAAAAAAAAUAAUUGCUGGCAUUUAGAAGCAACGUUAACUGAUGGGUCUAAAAAUAUAGACAUAACGUUUGCAUCUGAGGUUUUGGAACGCAUAAUUGGCUUUGGCGUGGAUAAAUUUUCAGAAAUGAAAAAGAAGGGUAAAGCCGAUCCUAACAUAAAGGCUGAACUUAGACAGGCAUUGCGAAAAGCAGAAAUGUUUGUAAAGCAACUAGACUCUUUAAUGGAAUUAGAAUGGUCAAAGGAUAAAAAGCCAACUGUUAUCAAAAUAAUGAGUAAUUCUAUUGACGAGUGAGAAAUGAAAAAUGAAUCGGCCAAGAUCCAAUUAUUGCAGUUAAUCUUGCCAACGAGUGAGAUAAUUUUCAUAAACUUAAAUAUCUGUGUAAAUAUGUCGUCAUGUAAAUAUGAAUAUCCACCAUCUAAGAAGUCAGUACUAUAUAUAAACAAUUAUUUAAUUACACGAUAUGCCAUGAAAAUUAUUUUUUAAGAAUAACUUUUAAGACAAAUAUGUACAAUUUUUUAAAUUUAUAUCGUA